AUGUCCUUGUUCGUAACCUAUGUCCUUGUCCUCGGCCGGAGCCUGGAAUCUUCAAGGGGCCUCCUAGAGCUACUGACCCCGGCUCUUGAAUUGGAGGUUGACGAUUCGCCGCUAUCUCUUUCACUACACGCCGCCGCCAUCCAGCUGUGGUGUUUAGUAAAUUCAAGAUCAUUCUCCUCUUCUGAUAAAAUACUCACUGAGGCAUAUUCGCGUCUGAGAACCGCAAUCCAAGACCCGUUGCAGCGUGGCUGUGAGAGCACUGUUUUGGCUGCGCUCCUCCUACAACGAUAUGAGCGCUUUUCUGCUGUGUGGAAUCAACAUGAACAAUGCCACGUUCAUCGAAAUGGUGCACUGGCUUUGCUAAGGCAGCAAAAACUGGAUGGAAUUAAUUCGAAGCAUCGAGGCUAUUUGAUAUCCCAGUUAUUUCACAGCGAAGUUAACAUUUGUAUUUCCAAGAAAAUUUCGUUUCAGGCGAGUGAAAUAACUUGGCUGAGAGACCAAGAUCUUUCGAUUUUGCCAUCAAACCCAAGCACGGCGUUGGAUAUCAUCGGCGCUUCUAUUGCCAGCCACCAGCACAAGUUCACCCUACUAUCAGCAGAGGAAUUCAUUACAGCUUCGAAGCCAGAUCUGUCACAGUGGUAUCAAGACCUUCAAGACACUGAGGACCAACUCAACAAUUGGCCAAGCACUGUGCCCAGACACUGGCUUCCGCAGACUCUUCAAUCGGGAAAGCACUUUGAUCAAUCGAUUAUCACGUAUGCGGGAUAUAGCGACAUUUAUCCCAAUAUCCAAAUUGCAUCGAUUUGGAAUCUAUGGCGUACUUAUUGCCUUCUCUUGCUGCAAAUAAAACUGGCUCUUCUUGGUCUCUUUCCUAACUUGGAUGAGCCAACAGGCACUACACAAGAUCCUCGAAUACCUGCAUUUAAGGUUAAGUCGGUACAGCUGGCUCAAGUCUUGGUCGACUCGAUAUGCCAAAGUGUGUCCUUUCAUCUUGGCAACUAUAUUGAGCCUACAUCGCUCUCUGAACUGAUGAUUCCAACUAUCCUAUGCACCAGCUAUCACGACAUGGACCCAUCCCAUAUCUCGUACACCUUGUAUCAAAAGAGCUCCCUCUUUAUGUCCAGAGAUGACCAUAGGCGGCAUGUCAUUGUUCAGGGUCCUUGGCACAUGAUGGGUACUCUGAGCCACGUUCUGAGCAUUCUUGCGGAUAGUGAAUCCCAUAUCCCGGUACACGCCUUGAGAGAAGGUCAGAUGAAUUGGGUUCGGACCCAAUUCCUCCGGGUGCUCAGACUGCUUCGCAUCGAUCUCGAGGAUUUGUCAGCGACUAAUCAAGACCACUGUCAAGCAAACCCGGGUGAUCUCCAUGCCUUGAAUACAGUAAAUUCUGAGAUCAUCGCAAAGAGACUCAUGGCAGCAUUAGCAGGGUGA